AGCUCCGUUUGCAUUCUAAUCACGCUCCCUAAAUUCAUCACACCAAUCAAUUAAAUGUUGUCUUCAAUGUCGUCCAAUUUUUUCUCACAAUGACACAUAACCACAACGAUCCCGAUUUCCGUUCUAUCGUAAAUGCGGCGGCGGAAAAAUGGUAUUCUCAGCUCAGCCUUUCGCCCGACCACCCGCAAUCUAACCGGGAAUAUCCUGAGGAUCCUGAACGCUAUCAAACCGCCAAAAAUGGGGAGUUGGCAACAUUUAGUUCAGUUAAUCAUGACGGUCUAACCGCGUGGCAAAGUACACUGCAAGCCCUGCCAGAGGAGUCUCGGGGUACUCCUUUCCCCGUUCAUCCGCUCGCCCAAGCAUUAGUAGAACAACCGGUUCUGCGCUCGGUCGAGUGGAAUUCAUAUCGUCAACAAGGUGGAUUCAAACCCAGAACAGCUAUCGAUUAUAGCUCUUUUAUGAUCUACGUGUCCGGCCAAGUCAAUCCGAAUCCGUGUCGCAAUUGUCGGUUAAAGAAUGGCCCCUACGCACGCUGUAUUGUGGCUCCUCCAUCAGUACUCGCCUUGAGUAGCCUCAAGCAUGCUUGCGCCAACUGCACGUAUCAGAACCAGCAUAGAAAAUGUACGAAUCUACCGAUUGAUGGUGAGGAAUUGGUGACAAGAAGUCGGAUGGCUAGGUCAUCUUUGAAAUUGAAAAGUUCUACGCCAAUGAAACCACCUGGGCGGAGGCCUAACCCCGUCGUCAAUAGCGACGUCAAUACUAUGACAAAGCAUAAGCUAGACCAUGGACACAUGAUUCGUAAGCCUACCGCUCAGAGUAUCUCGGCAGAGGCAUUCGCCGACAAGAUACGCCUAGUCCGUUCGUGGUCUCCUCGUUCCCGACGGCGAAUUAAAGCUGAAGUGAUGCAAUGGCAAGCGGCUGUUAUGACGGUUGAGGCGGAAAACACUCGAGGCUCAUCCAGGGACGAGUCAUUUGAAGGGCAAGAGGCAACUGAAUCCACCGGUAUGCUUUCUGGCCCGCCGCCCCCCGCAGACUCCCACGCAUCCUCCAUCGGCAUCUACGAUGUUUGCUGCUCUCCCCUCAGCAGGCAGGUCCUUGAUUGAAGGAGAUGGGUAUGACGACGAAUAUAGUCGACAGCGGAUAGAUGACGAUGAGAACGCCGAACAGAGUGAUUAUGAGGGCACAACAUGGGUCGGUUUCAAUGAUAUGGGACCAAGACUGAAACCUCCACUCUAAGCUCUGCGUGAUAUAUACCUUAAUUUACGCUAUCGUCCUAGAGGCGGAUUAGUGGUUAUAUUUGCUUUGGCUAUAUACAAUGCUGAUGAUUU